AUGGCGGAGCCACCAGCAAAACGGCCUCGACGGGUCGACAGCUCGACAAUGUGGGAGAAGAAUGACGUUCAAACACGCUCGACGGAACCAGAUCCUGAACAGGACCGCCAACGGCGACAUUCGCCACACCCCCGGGAGGCCCGACGCGACCCCCCCAAUCUAAGGCGGGAAAGAAGCUGGUCUCGCGAUCGUCGCGACAAUGACCGAGACCGAAGAGAUCGUGAUGGACGCGGCGGAGGAAGAGACCGCAAGAGGAGCACCAGCCGCGAGCGUGCAUAUGACAGACGAGGCCCUGGCAAAGGUGACAAAGUGCGUGACCGCUCACGUUCACGCUCACCCGCUCGAAACGGUGCCCGGACUCACUCGACGACCCGUACACCUCCUCCUCGGGGACACAAGGGCGACCGCCGUGGCGAGCGCAAAGAGCUGCGGCCGCGUGAAGAUGGACGGCAGGCCAAUGGUGCCCCGGUGGGAUCCGGUCGAUAUAAGGAGGAGAUGGAGCUGGACUUCAAGGAGGACGCAGACGAAGACGAGAUGGAAGCUCUCAUGCGGAAGAGUAUGGGUUUCACCCGAUUCCGCAGUACCAAGAACACCAAGAUCCCUGGAAACGACAUCUACGGUGUGCGCAAGGAGAAGAAGAUCGAGUACCGCCAGUACAUGAACCGGCAGGGCGGUUUCAACCGACCGCUCAGUCCCUCGCGGCAAUAG